UUAAGCGUCUUCCCUUCUCCACCUUAAGGCGAGCAGCAGCGGCAGCGACCAAUCACCAUGCCAUUACAGCCUUCAGAGGAAGCUGUUUAUGGGGCUGCAGCGCUAAUUAGGCUCAUGAACUAACAAAUCUGCCUGCACGAACCCGGCGAGGAAAACGAUCACAUCCAUGGAUUAGUCUGGGAGUAGCCGAGCACUUUUUAUUUUGGCUUUCUCGACACUGCCGCCUUUUCCCAACUUAUUUACUGCGCAGAAACUUUCCCCCUUUCUUGGGUGUGGAGUAUUUUUUAAGCAAGAGCGCCUACGACAACUUUAACUUAAACUGGGGAAUCUGGACUAUCAGACCAUGUUUCAACCUACACCCAAGAGGUGUUUUACUAUAGAGUCUUUAGUGGCGAAGGAUAAUCCGGUACCGGCGUCCCGCUCCGAGGAGCCCAUCAGGCCAGCGGCUCUCAGCUAUGCAAACUCCGGCCAGAUGAACCCAUUUCUGAACGGCUUUCACUCCGGCGGCAGGGGCGUCUACUCUAACCCGGACUUGGUGUUCGCCGAGGCGGUCUCUCAUCCGCCUAACUCCGCCGUCCCGGUGCACCCGGUGGCCCCGCCGCACGCUCUGGCCGCUCACCCGCUUUCAUCCUCACACAGUCCGCAUCCGCUUUUCGCCAGCCAGCAAAGGGACCCCUCAACUUUCUACCCCUGGUUAUUACACAGAUAUAGGUACUUGGGACACAGAUUUCAAGGUAAUGAAACGAGUCCAGAGAGCUUCCUUUUGCACAACGCGCUGGCCAGAAAGCCCAAAAGAAUCCGGACAGCUUUUUCACCUUCGCAACUCCUGCGGCUCGAACACGCGUUUGAGAAAAACCAUUACGUGGUGGGAGCAGAAAGAAAACAGCUCGCCCACAGCCUUAGCCUCACAGAAACUCAGGUAAAAGUGUGGUUUCAGAACCGAAGGACGAAGUUCAAGCGACAGAAGUUGGAGGAGGAGGGCUCGGAGUCUCAGCAGAAGAAGAAAGGAUCGCAUCACAUAAACCGGUGGAGACUGGCGACUAAACAGGCGAGCCCAGAGGAAAUCGAUGUCACUUCGGACGAUUAAGAGAAAGACUAUUUAAGCGUCUGAAUGAAGGAGGACAUGGAUAAAGGAUGCCGUGUAGAGACAGUGAGAGGGUACAAAGCCAACGUCACAUUUCAGAUCUCCGGAGAUCGGCAGCUGAGGGUGAGAGAAACCCGAUUGGCACUGCUGUCACCAUGCGGGUCUGUCAGUCCAAAUGACCCGGGAAAACGUGACUGACAGAGUCUCGGUCCACCUACCUGAACCCUUCCACGCACCAACCACCACCACUACAAUCCCCCAUCUACCACCACAUAAUUCUAUUUUUCUCCAAUUCACAUUGGACGUUUGCACUUCAGAAGUUUCUUUUUUUUUUUCCAAAACAAAUUAUUUUAUUUUUUCAAACGUUUCCACUCAAGAUACCAAAACACCAAACUGCUUUUUUUUUUUGUAAAACUUGAAUUGCAUGAUAUAGUUUUUUUUUUUCCCUGGUAGUUGUUUUUAAUUUGACAAGUUUUAUCAAACCAAGAAGAGAAAAAAAAGAAUCGAUUUUGUUUUUAACUCUAUUUUCAAACUGAGAGAUGUCGUGCUUCUUCCUUUUUACAAAGUGUGCAGUCUUUAAUUAAUGAUUCUCGUGUAAAAGUGAUUGUGAAAACAUAUGAAGUAGCGGUGCUGCGUUAUAGUGUUUUUUUUUUAAAGAAAAGAGAACAAAAAGUGGAUUUUCGAUGAAAAAAAAACUCUUUCUAAAAGUGAAUCAGACCACAGAUAAAGUACUUAAAGGGACGGUAUCAGGACAUUCCCUUAACCUAAAGCUUUACCAAUGUGUCGCUGUGGCCCCAUGCAGCCUUCUGUCAGGACUUGACCCUCCAGAGAAAGUUGCUACGAAGGACUAAAUGCAAGAAUUGACAGAAAAAAAAACUCCAAGCACUGAGCGUAUUCCAUGUACAGAAAUGCUAAAAGUUAAUGUUUCUGUUAAACCCUCUUUUACAGAAUGUAAAUAAUUUUUGUGUUUGUGUUAAGUUUGCUACAAUUUUAACACAAAGUAUACUUCCAAGAAGUAUGUAAUUGUCAAUAUUUUGUCAAUAAAGUUUUAUCAAUA